CAAACCCACCGCUAUCCGAGUCCUCUGCGGAACACGCGGAUCACCUCCCACAGCAUUUGAAACCCCACCACACCACAUACGACCUGUGAGUGGCUAACAGCAGAAAUUGUUCCAGCAAACUGUAUUCUUACUGCACAUGUGCAAUGCCAGGAGACCAGGAGAAAGCCAGCAGGGCUAGAGCUGCACAAGAAUGGGAGUUUCCAGGUUACGAGUCACCACUGCCCGUCACGGAGAAGUCCAAUCCGCUAUCCCUUGACAUAGACAGGGCGGGGCCGCAGCAGAUUGUGCAUGUCCUGCAGGAGUGUGAUGCUGAGGUAUUCCAGGGAGACCUGCAGCCAGACGCAGAGUUUAAGAGACUCUACAGUGAGUCUGUGAUACAAAUUCUGGUGGAUGUGGCUGACAGGGUGAAAACAAUUCUCAGGGAACCAGAUGACAGUUUAAUCGUCCUCAGUGGAUGUGGGACAUCUGGCCGUAUUGCUUUUCUUUUAGCGAACACAUUCAACAGGAUGCUUGGAUGGCAUCAACAAAAACCAGUGUACUCUUACAUUAUUGCUGGAGGUGACAAGGCACUGUUGACCUCUCAGGAGGCGCCAGAGGACUCUCCCUCACUGGGAGCACAAGUGCUGAAGGAGGCUUGUGUUGGAAGGAAGCAUGUUUUCUUCAUUGGAAUUUCCUGUGGUCUAUCGGCACCAUUUGUUGCUGGCCAGCUCGACUUCUGCUUGAACAAUUUGGACAUGCUCACGCCUGUGCUGAUAGGAUUCAACCCUGCACACACGGCAAGGAAUGAGCCUAUCCAAGGGUGGCCACAUACUUUCAGACAGGUCACGGAGAGGAUGCUGGACUUGCAGAGGGCUCAGAGAGCUUUUGUUCUAAACCCAGUGGUUGGGCCUGAGGCCAUCAGUGGCUCGUCUCGGAUGAAAGGGGGCACGGCCACAAAGGUCCUGCUGGAGAGUGUGCUCCUGCUGGGGCACCGAGCGGCCCAUAGCCAUGUGGAGAUCAAUCGCCAAGCUGUGUUGGACUGCAUCAGAGAUUAUGAGAAGGUUCAUGAAAUGACAUACUGUAAGACCAAUGAGUUGGCCAGUGUGGUUGGAAAAGCCGGAACUAGCCUACAGAAGGAGGGGCAUGUUUAUUACCUCGGCUGGAAAACUCUGGGAAUUAUGGGAAUUAUUGACGCGAGUGAGUGCGUCCCCACAUUCGGAGCAGACUUUCAAGACAUUAGAGGUUUUAUGUACGGGGGUUUCAGUGAAAUGAACAAUAAAGAGGGAAAUUUGUCCUCUCUGGGUCCACAAUUCUGUAUUGACCACAAGGACUUUGUGAGCACUAUCUUGCCCCUCAUAGGAGAGAAUGACACAGUUAUCUUCAUAUUUACUGUGGAUGAUGAUUUUGGCGAUGUUGAGAAAUUAGCUGGACAAGUGAAAAAGAAGACCUCAAAUGUGCAAGCAAUUUGUCAUGAAUACAAAGGACACUGUUUUCCUGUGAACAUCAACAACAUAUUUGACUCAAAAGUCCUUAAAAUUAGUUGGACCCCAUCAGAUGCAGAUGAUGAUUUUUUCAUGAGGCUACAGUGGGAACUCUCCACAAAGUGGAUGCUGAAUGGAAUCAGCACAGGUGCUCACAUCUUAAAGGGGAAAGUCUAUAAAAACUACAUGAUAGAUCUCAAGGUCACCAACAGCAAGCUGUACAGAAGGGCCAUAGGCAUACUACAGAGGUUCACAGGUUGCCAGUGGACGCAGGGAGAGAGAGCCCUCCUUAGAGUCCUCUAUGGAGCGGAGGAGCUUACUAAGGAGAUGGCCACGGCGGAUGUCAGCAGACACACGCAGGCAGCCACCACGAGUGACAGGGUGGUUCCGACGGCUCUGGUGGUUCUCCAGACGGGCUGCUCAGUGUCACAGGCACAGGCGCAGCUGAGAGAGUGCUCUGUGGUUAGGGAUGCUGUGGAGACCUGUCUGACCUCUGGACGCCACUAACUGCACUCCCAAACUGAAAUAACCUGACAGGGCUCUUUGUGUUAAGCAUGGCUGAUCACAACACGUGUCAGGAAUAUCAUUGUAUAUGUUUGUUUGCAUUUUUUGUGGUGUGUUUAAAACAAUAUGCUUUCUUUCAUUAGACUUACAUAAUGUAUAGUGCAAUAUAAUUGUUUAAUUUACAACAUGUACCACUUAUAUGUAAGAAAUAAAUAUCACUAGAUUAGUACAUUAAAGGUACACUAUGCAAGAUUUUCACCUUAAUAUAACCUUUACGAAGCCACUUUGAUGGUAAACAAAUCUGUAAUCGGGGAAUCUUUCACCUAGCAUAGCCACAGAACAGCGGUGCAACUUCAAGAAUAGCCCUGAAGACAUCUUGUGAGAAUCGGAUAACAUUACCUUGUCAAAGGUCUUUGGAGAUUUUGCCUGUUGCUGUUAAUCCAUCACCUCCACAGUAAAAAGCAUUUUCAUUGUGUAUAGGGGGAACAAGCCAUGAGAAGUAGGCUAUUUACAACGGCAGAGUAAAUAUAAAUAUAUUGUGACUCUGGGGGGAGCUCUACAGUCGCCAAAAAUAGUUGAACCUGCAUAGUGUGCCUUUAAUAAAGGCAUUAGAUCAGUAUAUUUGAACAGGGGUACCAAAGUCUGUAAAUGAAAAACGUGGGCCUACUCAACAUAACCUCAGGAUACCUGUGAAAGACAGGUCACAUGACGAGUAAUAAUUCAACACAGUCUGUUAGUUGAGUGAAUGGAUUAAAACAGGAUUUGUCUGCCCAACCAAUUGCCCAUAAGGGUCUUAUUAUCAGGGCCUGUGUUGCAUACUCAUAACUUCAGAACUGAAACUUUAUGGAAUGAAAAAUAAUAAAAAGGGGGGAAUGUUGCCUUUAACUUUCACCUUCUUUGAGUUCUACAUAUAGUACAACCCAGAGCCAAAGGUACCUUUAUACGGCUCUGGUACAACCCUCCUAUGUGACCAGCCACGACUGGGGCAUUUAUUCCACACACAAUUCAAACACCCUAAUGACACUGAAAUGACUGUGACACAUCAGCAACAUUUCCAGUCAUCAACAGUUCAAAAUUGGCCACACUGUUAUUAUACAGUAUAUAUAUGUAAUAUACAGUCCUUCCACCAGAUGGCUCUGCAUUGUGCAUUGUGCCGUAUAUUGACCCUUUCAAUAUGUUCCUAGAGAGAUUCCGGUUUAAGUGUUCAAAACCAACACAGAUAGUUUAAAUGAAAAAUGUA